CCGACUUUGGGCCGACUUCACACCGCGAGCUGCGAUAAAAUCCGAUGACUAAAGCAUCCAACGCCUCUGGACUUUCUCCAUUGGGCGAAAUCAUCCGGCCGCGGCCCGUGCCCACCAAUCGGAGCCCGUUCUUUGUCAGCCCAGGAUGAGUCAGCCAGGGCUCCCCGCCUCGAUUGAUUUUCACCGGUCCCCCCGACGGGCCCAUUUAUCUUCUACUAAUCUUCAAUUCAUCCAUCUCUCUCCCUAUUUUCCACCUUCCCUCCAACUACAGUUGUCUUGUUGGGGUAUCAAUUCACAUCACCAUGGAGGCAAUGCUUCAGCAGUCGCGGGCCAUGUGCCCCUUCCUCAAGCGCACCGCUCCCACUACCCUGCGCACUCUCUCGACCGCCACUCGUCCCAGCACCGGCGGAGGUACCAUGUCCAACCUCCAGGUUCUGGCUCGUCGCUGCCCCGUCAUGAGCAAAGCUCUGGCUGUGCAGUCCGCCCGUAUGUGUGGUACCAAGCGCUUCACCUCGAGUGCCGCCGGCAUUCCUGCCGUGAAGCCUUUGCGCCCUCCUACCGGCAAGCGUGCGUUGCACACGACCGGGGGCCAUCCCGCUAGCCUUGCCCCCGGCACCUACGAGAAGAACGAACAAGUUCAUCCCAACAUUGCCAACGGCCUGCGGCCCACUCCCGCCACCGAAGCCGCGGUCCGCGGUCCUCGCCCUGCCGCUCCGAUCACCUCCCGUUUCGACUAUGAUGCUUUCUAUAAUGGCGAGUUGGAGAAGAAGCACAAGGACAAGUCGUACCGCUACUUCAACAACAUCAACCGUCUGGCUAAGGAGUUCCCCCGUGCUCACACUGCCUCGGCUGAGGAGCGCGUGACCGUCUGGUGCUCCAAUGACUACCUCGGUAUGGGUCGCAACCCACAGGUUCUGGAAUCGAUGCACCGCACUCUCGACACCUAUGGUGCCGGUGCUGGUGGUACUCGUAACAUCUCCGGCCACAACAAGCAUGCCGUCGCGCUGGAGGACACUCUAGCCAAGUUGCACGGAAAGGAGGGUGCAUUGGUCUUCAGUUCGUGCUUCGUUGCCAAUGACGCUACGCUGGCGACUCUUGGAAGCAAGAUGCCCGACUGUGUGAUUCUAUCGGACAGCCUGAACCACGCUUCUAUGAUUCAGGGUAUUCGUCACUCCGGUGCGAAGAAGAUGGUCUUCAAGCAUAAUGACCUGGAGGACCUGGAAGCCAAAUUGGCAUCCCUUCCUCUCAAUGUUCCCAAGAUCAUCGCGUUCGAGUCUGUUUAUAGCAUGUGCGGAUCCAUCGCCCCCAUCGAAGCGAUCUGUGAUCUUGCCGACAAGUACGGUGCGAUUACCUUCCUGGACGAAGUCCACGCCGUCGGAAUGUAUGGCCCCCACGGUGCUGGUGUGGCCGAGCACCUUGACUACGAUGUCUAUGCCUCGCAAGACACCGCCAACCCUAAGAGCACCAAGGGCACCGUCAUGGACCGCAUUGAUAUCAUUACUGGUACCCUGGGCAAGGCGUAUGGCUGUGUUGGUGGUUACAUUGCCGGCUCUGCCAAAUUGGUGGACACUGUCCGUUCGCUCGCUCCGGGAUUCAUUUUCACCACUUCGCUGCCUCCUGCGACCAUGGCUGGUGCCGACACCGCCAUUCAGUAUCAGGCGGAGCAGCCCCGUGACCGGGUCCUUCAGCAGCUGCACACUCGUGCUGUCAAGUCUGCUCUGAAGGAGCUUGAUAUCCCCGUCAUCCCCAACCCCUCGCAUAUCGUCCCUCUCCUAGUCGGUGAUGCCGAGCUGGCCAAGCGCGCCUCGGACAAGCUUCUCGAGGAGCACGGUAUCUACGUUCAGGCCAUCAACUACCCCACUGUCCCCCGCGGUGAGGAACGCCUGCGUAUUACCCCGACCCCCGGCCACGUCAAGCCCCUGCGCGAUCACCUCGUCCAGGCUGUGCAAGCCGUCUGGAACGAUCUUGGCAUCAAGCGUGCCAGCGACUGGCAGAGUAUCGGUGGUUUUGUCGGCGUCGGUGUUGAAGGCGCCGAGGCCGCUAACCAGCCCAUCUGGGAAAACUCUCAGCUUGGUGUGGAUGCCUCGGAGCCUCUUGAGUCUGCUAUCGCUCGCGAAUUGACUGCGGAGGCCGCCGAGAAGGCUGCUUUCCCUGCCAUGAAGGCCGCUACCCCCUUGGGCAGCAAUGUGCACCCUGCGAUCGCCUCUACUCCCGUCGGCGUUGCCGCUUAAGCUCUCUCUUUUGAGUCUUCUUUUCGGGUCUUUGUGGCGAUCGACUUGUUGCGGUUGCCUAUCCACUCUUUUGAAUAAUAUCAUAACAACAUAUCCUGCAGGAGAUGGCUUUUGCAUCUGCUAAAAUAAACAAAUUUUUUUAUUUUUUUUUUUUCUUUUUCUUUUUGCCCCCAUGAUCACCAUUGUUUAUACUCUUGUCUUUGGUUCUUUCUGUUCGGCUUGGCUGGUACUGCAUCGGCAUUUCCAUCCAGUCUUGCAUUUUGAAUACUUGUUCAUGUGGCAUUAUGCCCUUUAUUUUUAGGGGAUCAUUUUGUGUUUAUGUACACAGAUCGGAUGUCACUGGGACGGUGACGGAGCGAUGGCAAUAUAACUGGGUUCUUGGGGAGAACUUUUCUUUGGCCUUUUGUAGAAAUGUAGUCAUGGUAGCUUUCUUUGAUGGAGGUGAGCUCACGGGCUACCUCAGGAUACAAU